GGAACUUGAUCCGUGCUUCCCAGAUAAUCCUUGUGUUGGUCCAGCAUCCACGUGUUACCCAGUACGAAAGAAAGUCGAAGAAAAUGCACACUCGUCGCUUGCGAUAAUCACCAACUUCAGCUGUGUCUGUUCACCCGGCUACACUGGUCGUUACUGUGACGUUCGUAUGGACUUCUGCACGCCUAAUCCGUGUUUAAACGGCGGCAUUUGUUUGAACAGGGAAGGCGAUUUUAUAUGUUUUUGUUCACAAGGUUUUGAAGGUGAGCUGUGCUCAAACAAAAUCUCCCGGGCUUCCUCCUCACCCCCAAGUGUCAUGAAAGAUCAGGUAGCACCAUCGAUUGAUCGCUGUGACUUGAUUGGGUGUCCCAAAGAGUUGUCCAGUGACGGCCAAUGUGAUCCUGUAUGCCUAGCGAACGAGUGCGGUGGAUCGGGUGAAUCAGUCGACUGUAUGGCUUGGAUACCAUGUUGGGAAAACACUGGGAUCGAUGAACAACGCAUGAAGCAGCUGUGUGUGACGAAAUUUCAUGAUGGACGGUGUGAUAAUGAGUGCAAUAUGGAGGAAUGUCAUUUUGAUGGCUUCGAUUGUGCUUCUGGAAAACAUACAACUUGUCAAAACAUGAGCUUCUGCAAAGAACACUAUGGGGACGGCAUUUGUGACACCAUGUGUUCCGGACCGGACUGUGGAUUUGACGGAGGUGACUGUAAUGUACAGGCGAAAUCGACGCUACCUCCAACAAUCGCACAUUAUUCAAAGCCAUCGGGGUACAGCUCAAAUCUUUAUGUGAUCUUACUCAACAGCACACCAAAAGAGUUCUCCUCUCAUCGACGGGAAUUUCUGGCUAUCAUUGGGACGGCGCUGCAGGCUGAAGUGAAAAUAUGGUAUGACAGGUUGACAGGUUCCGAAAUGUUGAUGGAACUGCCACGAAACGACGGAAUGAAGGUGAGAAAAUAUGGUUCUUCUGUCCAUUUGUCACUGCGCGAGAAAUGGCCAACUACAGACAGUCCAACGGGCUACUGUUUCCUCAUCGCUAAUUUGGAGUGUCAACUGUGA